AUGUUUGGAUCGCACCGAACAAUAUUUUGUCAUCUACUGUUUAGUUUACUAUAUCUAUUUUGUCAUUGUUAUGUUAUUUUACACAAUACAGAGAAUGCUCCGAAAAUUCUAUAUCACGAUUGUAUAUAUUAUACAGAAAGGCUCGCUGAUGAUAGUAGCGAAGGUGUUAAAUAUUGUAUCCAGUGGAAUGAAGAAGGCCCAUUAAAUCGUAGUUUUAAUGAAUUUUGUUAUAAUGAUGGCAUAUUCCAGUCAUUUGAGGAGUUAUUAUCUUUGAAUAUUUCUCCAUCAGAUGUUUUACAAUGGAGUUCAAGUAUUGAACAACUUGAUCGUUAUUCAAAAUAUUUAUUUAAUAAAUCAUUUGAUAUCGCCGAGAAAUUUCUAUGUAAUUGUACACGUCCAAGUACAUUUGGUAAAUUUUGUGAAUAUGAAUUUUUUUCUCCUAAUAUCACUUCUUUUGAUUAUGCAAUUGAUACACAAUUUUAUUUGAUUUUCCGUGAUAAUCGCCCUCCUACGAGAAAAAUUAAUAUCGGUAGUCAACUUCAUAAUAAUCGACCAUGUUAUACAAGGAUAGGUUGUGAUUCGCAAUUAACGUGUCUUGAUUGGAGACACAUCUGUGAUGGUAAACAACAGUGUAUAGGAGGAAUCGAUGAAAAUUUCUGCGAAUAUUUAGAAUUUAAUGAAUGUGAAGAUAAUGAAUAUCGAUGUGCUAAUGGUAUGUGUAUUCCAGAAGAGUAUUGGUUAGAUGGUGAUUAUGAUUGUAUGGAUUGGACAGAUGAAUCAGAUUCUCUUGUGGAUUUAUAUUCAAAUUGUCAUUCUUCUGCUUCUUAUGUUUGUGAUGAACAUACUUGUCCAUUUAAUCAUUGGUCAUGUGGUGAUGGUCAAUGUAUUCCAGAUGAUACUGAUCGAAAUCAAGGUACUCGACAGACAUUUUCGACGUUUUGUCAAAAUUUAAGAGAUAUUAAUUAUAUGUGUGAAUCAGCUACAAGAGAUUCAAUGUCAUGGUGGACGAUUGAUGGUGGUUAUUGUUUACCAUUUCGACUUUCUUAUAAAAAAUCAGGCCUUGAUACAACAUACUCAAAAGAUAAAUGUUCUUUUUAUGUUAAAUGUGCAUUAAGUCAUAGUCUUGAUACUGAUUGCUGUCAAUCUAUGGAAGAAUGUAGGAAGAAAAUCAACACAGAAUGUAAUAGAACUGAUACAAUUCAAUAUCCAUUCAAAGGUUUUCUUUUAUCUCCGUAUGUAGCAAUGGAAUAUGAUAGAAGACAUGAUUGGACAAAUCAAAAACCUGAUUUUCUUGUAUACUUUGGACAGUUCCGAUGUAUUGGUUAUCAAAUCAAAGUCAAUAAUCAAAUUGUAGUACCUUUAAAUCAUGCCAUUGGAUUAUAUACAUAUUGGAGGACGGAAUCUCGUCUAUGUAACACAACAAUGUUUAAAAAUAUAACAAGAAUUUAUUCAAAUAGUUAUGAUAAAAAUUGUUGGAAUAAUUCCAAAACAUUUAAUAAUCAUCCUUAUCAAGUAUCAUUUUUAUGUGGAUCAAGAUGUAUAUCAAAAUAUCGAAUACGAGACGGAAUAAUUGAUUGUUCUCCUUUAGAAGAAUUACCAAGUAUGAAUAAUUCUUGUCCGAGAAUUCAACGGCAUCGUUUACAAUGUUCACCAUCUGAAUUAUCGUGUUUAUUACCAGCAGUUUUAGGGAAAGAUAUAGGUCUUUGUACAAAUAAUCGUGAUCAAUAUUACCAAAGCAGUAUUCAUCAAUAUUUCGAAACUCCUGUAUGUGACAAACGUACAGAUUUUGGGUGUCAUUAUAUUCGAAAUUAUAUUCAAAGUUCAUCAUUGUCUGAUAUGAAUGAAACAAAAGUUGAUAUGAUUCAUCCGACUUCUGAUUACGUUGGAAAAAUUUUACCUUUUCGAUAUUACUGUGAUUCAUUUUUUAAUCAAAUACCAGCUGAUGACGAAUUGUCCGAUUUAUGUAAACAUUGGAUUUGUCGUCAAAAUGAAUAUCAGUGUUUAUCUGGACAAUGUAUUCAAUUAAAUUGGACUUGUGACGGUGAAUGGGAUUGUAUUGAUGGAUCUGAUGAAGAAAGAAUUUUUUCAUUUGAUAAUUUCACAGAACAUAAUUCAAAAUUAUUGACUUUAUUACAAGCAAAGGAACAAUGUUCGAGACGGUAUCGAUUAGAUAAUACUCCAUUUUCUAAUUUGUGUGACAUAACAAAUGAAUAUCCAUGUUUUCGAAAUAAUGUUAAUGAUCCGUUUAAUUUAACAAGUUAUCAUCCGUGUAUUAAUUUCACACAAAUUGGUGAUGGAAUUCAAGAUUGUUUAGCAAAUUUUGAUGAAAGAAAUCGAAUUCAAUGUCCAAAUAAAGAUAUGUUGGGUUAUCGUUUUCAAUUAGAGAAUAAAGAUUGUGUUGAAUAUCGGGAUUUAUGUAUUAAACCUUAUGAAUGGAUACCAGGAAAAGAUAUUUCAUAUGAUAGUAUCUGUUUUUAUAGAAGACAAUCUUUUCAAAAUGGAACAAUGAGUAAUUGUAAAGCUGAAAAUGACGUUAUGUGUUUAAAUGAUACUUGUAUAAAAAAUGCAAGAUGUGAUGGAAAAAUUUAUUGUCUUUUUGGUGAAGAUGAAUAUCGAUGUGUUCAUUCUGUUUCAAGACUUUUAUACAGAGUACAUAAAUAUGACCAACAACGCUUAUUAUCUUCAGAACAAUGGAAAUAUCCAUUCGAAGAUAAGAAGAAAGAGGAAAUUUCUAACCAAAUAAUUUAUACAAUGAAUUUCAAAAAUAACAAUCGGUUAAUAAAUUCUGCUUUUGACAUUAUUCGUCAAGCACUUCCCCUUGGUGAAAUAACUCUUGACCAUUUCCUUCCAUUUAUUUGUAAUCGUGGACUUGCUGUUAAAGGUUAUUCUGAGGAAACUGUUUGCUUUUGUCCACCAAGUUAUUAUGGAUCACAAUGUGAAUUUCAUAGUGAUCGAAUAACGGUUGCAACACAUUUAAAUUUAACUGAAUAUAAUUAUUCUCCGUCUGUUGAAACUCUUAAAGUUCUGGUAUUGUUUUUAAGAACCUAUCGAAUAAUGGAUUUUUAUGAAUUUUAUGUUAAUCCAAAUACUCAAACAAAUGAAAAUUAUAUAAAACAAGGGAUUUAUUUCAUUUAUCCUGGACGUUAUAAAGAUUUACACAAACUUUAUUAUAGUGGUGUACCACGCUAUCAUGUUCAAUUUGAAGUUUAUAAUUUAUAUUUCAAUGAAACAAUUGAAUUAAUACAAGUUUGGCAAUAUCCUAUACAUUUUGAUUUUCUUCCGGUAUUCCGUUUAGCAAAAAUUUUACAUUUAAAUUCUUCGAGAAAUUUUUCCUGUUCUUCUAAUCCAUGUGGCCGAAAUGGAAUCUGUUAUAUAACUAGUAAUCCAACUCAAGUGGGAUAUAUUUGUUCAUGUAAAAGCGGUUAUUAUGGUCAAUACUGCGAAUAUGAUGAAGAUAAAUGUACUAAUUAUUGUUCAUCAAAAUCGAUUUGUAAAAUCAAAUUUAAUGGUUUCAUCAAUCAAUAUCGAGUACCUUUCUGUUUCUGUCCAACAUCAACAUUUGGUCCUACGUGUCAUUUGAAAUACAAUAUUUGUCAAAUAAAUCCAUGUUUAAAUCAAGGAACUUGUUUACUGAACAAUGAUUUAUCUAAUUUAAUGAAAUAUACUUGUUUAUGUAAUGCAAAUUCUACAGGUGAUCAUUGUCAAUAUUCAAACGGAGAGAUUUCUUUACAAUUAAUUAUUUCAUCAAACUUAACCUUAAAUAAAAGUAAUAUAAUGGCUACAACUUUCUUUUUUAAUAAUUAUGAACAGAAAACUUUAGAAUUUAUUAUAUCUGAACAAGAAAUUUUCGAUCAUUUACCAAAUGAGAUUAGUUUGAAAUUCAAUCAUUAUCAUAUACCAUCAGUUGGCAUUUUAAGAAUCUAUGAUUUCAAUUUCAUUUCCCAAUCAAAAUAUUUUAUUUUGUAUAUAGAUUCAAAUCGAACAAGUCUUAAUACAACUGUUUAUUUAUCCUUAGAAAAUCAUUGUCCAUUCGUAGAAAUACUUAUUAACAAAUCAUCAGCAAUAAAUCCAUUUUUGUAUCAUGAAAUUUGUCAAUCAAACGAAAAUCAAAAUCGUANCUCUGUUAUUCCUUUCCCCUUUGAUCAACUUCCAAACUGA